CGGCGCUGGAGAAUAAUUCGGGCAAAAGGCAAAAGCAUCGUCGGCACUACAGGGAAGGGAGGAACGUCUCCCCUCUCCCUCCCAUACGCUGAUACCCACUGACGCCACCACCCGAAGCCUCCCCGAGGAUCAGGAGACGGCGCGGGGAUGGCGUCCAUCUCGCGGAAUCUCCGGCGAUCCCUCGCCCCGGACCGCCUGCGCCGCCUGCUCCUCCUCUCCCAGCACCCGCGGGAGUACGUGACGGCGGAGUGCCACCGCCCCGUCGUCCUCCACAAGCGCGGCCCCGACAUCCUCCACGACCCCUGGUUCAACCGGGGCACGGCGUUCUCGAUGACCGAGAGGGACCGCCUCGGCCUCCGCGGCCUGCUCCCGCCCAACGUCGUCUCCUCGCAGCAGCAGAUCGACAGAUUCAUGCUUGAUCUGAAGCGGCUUCAGAGAUACGCUAAAGAUGGACCAUCUGAUACUUAUCCAUUGGCAAAAUGGCGCAUCCUUAACAGAUUGCAUGACAGAAAUGAAACAAUGUACUACAAGGUACUAAUAGAUAACAUUGAGGAGUAUGCGCCUAUCGUUUACACACCAACCGUCGGGCUUGUUUGCCAAAACUACAGUGGUUUGUUUCGACGGCCUAGGGGAAUGUACUUUAGUGCAGAAGAUCGUGGGGAGAUGAUGUCCAUGGUGUACAAUUGGCCAGCUGAUCAGGUUGACAUGAUAGUGGUGACUGAUGGAAGCAGGAUAUUGGGCCUUGGUGAUCUCGGGGUGCAUGGUAUUGGCAUUGCUAUUGGAAAAUUGGAUUUAUAUGUUGCUGCUGCUGGAAUAAAUCCUCAAAGGGUUCUUCCUGUUAUGAUUGAUGUCGGAACGAACAAUGAGAAGCUCCUUAAGGAUCCUCUUUAUCUUGGGCUACAAGAGCACCGUCUUGAGGGAGAUGAAUAUGUCUCAGUUAUUGAUGAAUUCAUGGAAGCUGUUUUUACUCGCUGGCCUAAUGUUAUUGUACAGUUUGAAGAUUUCCAAAGUAAAUGGGCCUUUAGGUUGUUGCAGCGUUACAGAAAGACUUAUCGCAUGUUUAAUGAUGAUGUUCAGGGAACUGCUGGUGUCGCAAUAGCAGGCCUUUUAGGAGCUGUACGGGCACAAGGGAGGCCAAUGAUAGAUUUCCCAAAGCAAAGGAUUGUUGUUGCUGGCGCAGGCAGUGCUGGUAUUGGAGUGGUGAAUGCUGCAAGCAGAACCAUGGCAAGAAUGUUGGGAAACAACGAGGUUGCUUUUGAGAGUGCGAGGAGUCAAUUCUGGAUAGUUGAUGCCCUUGGCCUAAUAACAGAAGACCGAGAAGAUAUCGAUCCAGAUGCACGGCCUUUUGCUAGGAGAAAAAGUGAGCUUGGUCACCAGGGCCUAAGUGAGGGGGCAAGCUUAGUUGAAGUGGUUAAAAAGGUGAAGCCUGAUGUCAUACUUGGAUUAUCUGCUGUUGGUGGUUUGUUCUCAGAGGAGGUUCUAGAGGCACUAAAAGAUUCAUCCUCUUCGAGGCCAGCAAUUUUUGCAAUGUCCAAUCCAACUAAGAACGCUGAGUGUACACCUGGGGAAGCAUUUUCAAUUUUAGGUGAAAAGGUCAUCUUUGCUAGUGGGAGCCCAUUCCAUGAUGUGGAUCUUGGUGAUGGGAAGAUUGGCCACUCCAAUCAAGGGAACAAUAUGUACCUCUUUCCUGGAAUAGGGCUUGGAACCCUUCUGUCUGGUGCUCGUGUUAUCUCUGAUGGAAUGCUGCAGGCUGCAGCAGAACGUUUGGCUUCAUACAUGAAAGAGGAGGAGGUCCUCGAAGGGAUAAUUUAUCCUCCAAUCUCCAGAAUACGUGACAUCACUAAGGAGGUGGCAGCAGCAGUUGUGAGGGAGGCAGUAGCAGAGGAUCUAGCUGAGGGAUACCGUGACAUGGAUGCACAUGAGCUUGCACGACUCAGUGAGGAAGAGACUAUUGAAUAUGUCAAGACGAACAUGUGGAGUCCUGUCUAUCCAACAAUAAUAUACAAGAAGGACUAGAUAGCUCUAUUUGCUAUUUUGCAUAUUUUCAGUGAUCAUGUAUGAUAUACUUUAGGUUGCGUUCUGGAAGGUACUCCAGAAGUGUAGGUACGUUAGUUAUAAGCAAGCAGCUUUCAUUGUUCGUUGACCUCACUUUUAAUUGAAUUUAGGACACGAGGCCCUUUUGGGCCAAUAAUAUAGGCCACAGUUCCUGACGUACUCCAUCGUGCUGAACAUUUCCCAUCUCAAUAUCAGCCGUACCACUGCUGGAACUCCACUCCGAUCUUUCUCAGAUGUUAAAAUCCUGUGUGUAACUUUGAACACAGACCAAUACAAACCCAUAAAUUUGCCAGAGGAUAUCUGUUCUGGCUACUUGCUUGCCAAAAUCGUUUGAUGGUUAUAUAUUUCCUUACAAUUUA